CGCGUUGGGUCUCUCUCGUUAAUGUCGACUCAGUAUUCAGUCGACACGCGUUUUACACACUUGCAAUAAAUUCCAUAAUCUAGUUUUUAAGUAGUGUUGAUUUUUUUUUGGAAGUGGUUUAAAGUUACGGCGAGGGACGCAGUCCGUAAAAUGCUUAACGGAUACACAUAAUCGACAUUUUGGCUGCUCUUUGAUCCCACAACUCACAGGAACACGGCGCGUGUGUUCAGUUUAAUAUCAGCCGUUCAUUCAGGCGUCCAUGUUGCAAAUUUCUGCAAUUACGUAGGCUGCGGCUAAUACUAAUUGCUAACUGGCACCGAACACAAAAGUGCGAGAUGGCCAAAAAUCCUAACGGAUUUGUCCCUGGGGUCGGAACCGUUGGUCCGGUCGAUUUCUCAGAUGAUGAAAGUACCCCACUAGCAGUCCAGGAGCAAUUCGCUGCAAGCUCAAAAACAGUCACGGAAGCUAAAGAAUGGGACUUAUUUCGGAACCCACCGUUAAAGGAGGACUCUGGUUCGAUGUCCGAACAGAAGUGCUUGCAGCUGGCGAUAAAGAUAUCAAAAAUCGUGGCCUAUCUCUUUGUUUUUGCUAUGGUCUUGAGCUGUAGCGUCAUUGCCAAGGGAACAAUACUGUUCAUGACUUCUCAACUGCGGGACGACAGGACUAUUUACUACUGCAAUGUACUACAGCAGCUAGGAACGACAAAAACCUUCGCAGCCACGUUACCAGAGGAAGAAAAGAUAGCUUGGAUAUGGUGCAUAAUAUUCUCGUUUUCGUUCCCCGAAAUCUUGACACUUUUCCGAAGUUUAAGAAUUCUCUGUUUCAAGUCGUACGAAAAACCAAAAGUGGCCCAUUUCGUGAUUGUAGGGAUCACAGAAACCGCCCAUGUCAUUGGGCUGGCCAUUUUGAUUGUAAGCGUAUUACCUGACCUCGAUGUAAUUCAGGGAGCAAUGCUGACAAAUUGCCUGUGCUUCGUUCCAGGACUGCUGGGGCUUCUUUCCCGCUACAAGAAACGCGAUAAGCCGAUACUGUUUCUCCUAUUCAUCGUGGAUGUUGCUGCCCUCGCAAUGCAGGUCACGGGAUUUGUGGUAUGGCCAUUCGUCUACAUCUCGAACCCAGCCAUGUGGCUAACCCCCGUUGCUCUAGUGCUAGUAUCUUGCCGUUGGUGGGAAAACUACGUUUCAAUUCAGAGUCCCUUGGGAAUCAUAAGAUACUUGGGUCAAAUAAAGGAGGAGCUAAAGCUCACGCGUCCCGUAACCUACCUCAUGGUGUCAAUUUGGAAGAUAGCCGCUUUCUUCCUGACCACUUUGUCAAUUCUACACAUGAAGGGUACCACGAUCAGCAACUUGUUUACCAUGUUCGGAAUCACUUUCAGCCAGCACAAUGUCACAGUUUCCGAGAUUCAGUCGACGAUUGGCGGAGGGACGAUCCCUGACCUAUCAGAGGUUCUUCCCGAUGGGGUAACGGCGAUUGUAACAACGGACUCUCUCACUCCGGUUUACGUGAUGCUGAUACAAGUAUUGGCAGCAUACUUUGCCUACAUUUUUGGUAAACUCGCCUGCAAGAUAUUGAUGCAGGGAUUUGGCUACGCCUUGCCCAUUAACCUCACUGUCCCUGUCUCGAUUUCGCUCCUGUUAGCCGCGUGCAUUCUGCGAAACGAAGACCCUUGCACUUUUCACGGUUUCAUUCCUGACUAUCUCUUCUACCAGUCACCGUCUUUAUACACAUUGAGCGAUUUCAUUUGGAGUGAGUACGCUUGGGUAUGGAUACUGUGGCUGCUUUCGCAGACGUGGAUCACCAUCCACAUAUGGACUCCAAAGUGUGAACGUCUUGCGGUAACCGAGAAGCUUUUUGUGCUGCCCCUGUACGAUGGAAUGAUGGUCGACCAAUCGUUGGCACUCAACAGACAGCGAGAUGAUCAGCCGGACAUGACCGAUGAGGGUUUCGUGAAGCACGACGAAGACUAUGAGAGCUUAUACGAACAGAACGAAGGGUUGGGGUUUGCUCACACAGCCAGCAGGAAUAGCGAUCUGGUGACCAGAAUUCACGUGUGCGCCACGAUGUGGCACGAGAACAAGGAGGAAAUGAUAGAGUUCUUGAAAAGCAUUCUGCGACUGGAUGAGGAUCAGUGCGCAAGAAAGAACGCACAGAACUUCCUCAAGAUUAUUGAUCCCGAUUACUAUGAGCUGGAAACUCACAUAUUCUUUGACGACGCGUUCGAGAUGUCAGAUCAUGAUGAAAACGAAUCGCAGGUGAAUCGGUUCGUAAAACUUCUCGUGAACACGCUGGAUGAGGCAGCUUCGAACGUUCAUCAAACGACGAUGCACGUCAGUGCACCAAAGAAGUACCCGACACCCUAUGGAGGACGUUUGGUAUGGACACUUCCAGGAAAGACAAAGAUGAUUGCUCAUCUUAAGGACAAGAGCAAAAUUCGGCACAGGAAACGAUGGAGCCAGGUCAUGUACAUGUACUAUCUUCUCGGUCACCGGCUAAUGCAACUGCCAAUAAGCAUUGAACGGAAGGAAAUUAUCGCCGAACAUACAUUCCUCCUCGCGCUUGACGGCGACAUUGACUUUCAACCAGCCGCCGUCAAGCUCCUGAUCGACUUAAUGAAGAAAAAUAAAAACCUCGGUGCCGCGUGUGGCCGCAUCCAUCCGGUAGGAUCUGGUUUCAUGGUAUGGUACCAAAUGUUCGAAUACGCGAUCGGGCAUUGGCUACAAAAGGCGACCGAGCACACGAUCGGUUGCGUGCUUUGCAGCCCUGGAUGCUUUUCACUUUUCAGAGGCAAGGCGUUGAUGGACGAUAGAGUGAUGAGCAAAUACACGACCGUCUCCAACGAAGCCCGGCACUACGUUCAGUACGAUCAGGGCGAGGAUCGAUGGCUAUGCACUCUGCUGUUGCAGCGGGGUUACAGGGUUGAGUACUCGGCUGCUAGUGACGCCUACACUCACGCACCCGAAGGGUUCAACGAAUUUUUCAACCAAAGACGUCGUUGGGUUCCCUCGACAAUGGCUAACAUAAUGGAUCUGAUUGGAGAUUCAAAACGGACCAUAAAAAACAAUGAUAACAUAUCGACUGUUUAUAUGUGGUAUCAGACCUUCCUUAUGGUUGGAACGAUCCUCGGACCGGGAACAAUAUUUCUCAUGCUGGUUGGCGCCUGUAGCGCCGCUUUCGGAAUUGGGAACUGGCCGAGUUUUCAUUACAACCUCGUGCCGGUUGUGAUAUUCAUGAUUGUCUGCCUAACUUGUAAAUCCAAUACACAACUUUUCGUAGCCGCGGUAAUCAGCAUGGGAUACGGCAUUGUUAUGAUGGCCGUGAUAGUGGCUAUUAUAAUACAAAUGGCAGACGAUGGUUGGGUUGCUCCCAGCUCUCUCUUUCUAUUCCUGAUCACCGGCCAACUGGUCAUAGCAGGACUCAUGCAUCCCCAAGAAUUGAUGUGUCUUCCAUGUGGAAUAAUCUACUACGUAACAAUACCUGCCAUGUAUAUGCUACUGGUUAUAUACUCCAUCACAAACCUUAACAACGUCGCCUGGGGUACCAGAGAAGUGCAAGUCAAAAAGACGGCUGCGGAAUUAGAGGAAGAUAAAAAGGAAGCUGAGGAGGCUGCACGAAAGAGCAAGCAAAAGUCGCUCUUCGGGUUCUUGCAAGACGGCAAAGGAAACAACAGUGACGAUAACGGUUCAAUAGAGAUAUCGCUGGCUGGAUUGUUCAAAUGCAUAUUAUGCACCCACAACAACCCGUCCGACGAAAAGCAACAGCUAAACGCAAUUGCGACAUCCCUAAGCCAGAUGGAGAAGAAGUUGGAGAACAUAUCGAAAGCCAUAGAUCCUCAAGGUCCGAGACAAAGGCGAGUCUCGUUCACCCGGCCUGGUGGUGAAGCCACCAACCUGGCUGAGGAGAAUCUGACGAACAAAGACCAAAUGGAGAGCGACACGGAUAGCACGGUGAGCCAGAACACUGAGGGCGAUCGAGAGCGUACAUUUUUGGUGAGUCCUUAUUGGCUGGAGGAUGAAGAUCUUAAGAAGGGGGAGGUCGAUUUCCUUUCACCACAAGAGGAACAAUUCUGGAAGGACAUACUCGAGAAGUACCUCUUCCCGAUCGACGAAGACAAGGCAGAGAAGACACGAAUUGCUGGUGACCUGAAAGAGCUUCGCGACAAAAGUUUCUUCGCAUUUUUCAUGCUGAAUGCCCUUUUCGUCAUGGUCGUGUUCUUGAUGCAGCUCAACAAAGACGAUUUACACAUCGAGUGGCCCUGGGGUAUCCAAACGAAUAUUACCUACGAUGAAACCGCCUUGGAGGUGAACUUGACCUCGGAGUACCUUCAGCUCGAACCAAUCGGUCUAGUGUUUGUAUUCUCGUUCGCUCUGGUACUGGUCAUACAAUUCAUAGCAAUGCUGUUCCAUCGAUUCGGCACGUUCGCGCAUAUCGUGGCAACCACAACGCUGGAUUGGUACUGCUGCAAGAAGCCGGAAGACGUAUCGGAACAAGCAUUGUUGAGCAAAGACGCGGUUCAGAUAGUGAAAGAUCUUCAACGACUCGAUAGCGUUGAUGAAACGAAUGGAGAAGACACUCAUAAACAGCCUGCAAGACGCACGACUGUUCGCAACCUCCAAAAGAAUAGAAGACAAACGCAGACGAAUAAAAAUCUUGACAAUGCAUUUAGAGAAAGAUUCUUUAGCAUAGCCGAGGGUCCAGACUUUUCAAGGCGCAUGUCUUCGCGAAGAUCAACUGUAGCUUUCAAGGCGUUCGAAGCUAGACGCCAUAGUAUUUUGGCCGAGAAGAGAAAAUCCCAAAUGCAGGCGAUGCCAGGAGGAGCAGCGAGCAGUAAUUACGGCGUGGCAAGGACUUCAUUAAGCAUGCAGCCCAAAAUGAGUAGGAGAGGCAGCCAAGCCUCAAUCAUCAUGCGCGUUUCAGAGACGCAUCAAGGCGUUGUUAAUCUCGCUUUCGAUCCGGAAGAAAAUCCCAGAGCUUAGAUGCCCAGCGUCAAUAAAAUAUCGAGAUUCUACGCAACGUGUUUUCGUGAAAACCAGUACGUGUCAUAAAACUAUAGAAUGCAUCUAGAUUCGAUUGAAUAAUUUUACUUUUU